UUAAAACAGUCACUUUGACAAGUGAGAAUUUUAAAGAGUCAAAGAAUAUGAAAAAAUGAACUACUGAUUUGAAAGUAUAAUUUUGAGUGGUUGCUAGGAGACCACUUCCAAAACAUUCGAGCUGAAAGAUGUCGACUAGUUACUCUGCAAACCAGUAUGAAAGUGCCUUUAAGUCGCAAAAGCUCCAGAAUUGGACCAUCCCAAAACAUUUCAAAGAGAGACCAUCAGCUGCAGAAGGCCACACUACAUUUAUUGCCACAGACCGUGGCCACCUUCUACCUGGUGUGAGAACAAAGAGUGAAAGUGCAUGGCCAGCAUUCCAAGGCACAUGGGAUUUACCUCGGUAUAUCCCUCCUGCUUCCAUAAACCCCACUGCCCGUUCACCAGAGGGCCAGGAUCGCCUCAAGACCUGGGGGCAGAUGAAAUUUGCCACAAACCAGACUCAUGAGGCCUCUGGUGGCAGCCAGGCUACAAACAGAAGCAUUAACAAUGUGGAAAACAUAAAUGCGGACCAGCCUGCAGAAAAGUCAAAACUGCCAGUGAGUGACCCAGACCAAAAUGAACCAGAGAAGCCCAAAUCACAACACAGCCAAGACCAGUCUAGACCAACAAGCCAACAAGCUCAGUCUAACCCAGUAAACCUUCAUGAAAACCAAACCCAGUCUAGACCAGGAAGUCACCACAGCCAACAGGCUCCAUCCAGACCAGCCACUCAAGAGAGCCAAGCUAAGUUGAGACCACCAACCCAGAACAGCAGGCCAGCAUCUCGGCAGAAAUAACACCAUUUUUAAUCAGAUCCCCUGCAUGGGCAGUUAUAAAAGUUGUUCCCGUGAAAUGGCAUUACGUAAGUCUAACACUUCUUUGAAAAACACUUUUACUUUACAGAUAUUAUUAUUUUUGUGUUCCAUUUAUUUAUAACUGUGUUCUCUGUUUCUUGCAUACUAUAAUGUGUGUGUGUGUGUGUGUGUGUGUGUGUCAGAACACAUUAACUGAAUUGUUUCAAUGAAGCUAAAGCUGAUUAGUUUUACUAAAUGGCUUUUGUAAUGGAAUCUGCUUAGAUGAAAUACUGAAUGCAGGGUCAAGUAUUGCCAGAAAAUAAAUCAGAGUACCUUGAUAUCUGUAUUUUAAUAAUAUUCUUUAAAAAAAAAAAAAAAACAGCGCAAGAGAUUUUAAUUCGUUUUUGUUUAUUUGCUCAAUACAAUGACACACCUGUGGGCCCCCUAGGACACAACAUCAGCUUAAUUCACUAGUCAUCGGUUUAUGUUUUUGGUGCUUGGAAGCCAAUGAGUGAUUUUGUGAGCAGACACUGAAUGCUUGGGGAACUGAAGGUGAACCUGAAGGGAUAGUUCACACAACAAAAAGAAAUUCUGUCAUAAAUUACUCACCCUCACACCGUAUCAGACCUGACUUUCUUUUUCUGUUGGAACUGAAGAUACAGUAUUUUGAGAAGUGUCUCAUUGUUUUUUUUUUGUUUUUUUUUUUAAAUUGUCUAAACAAUAAAAGUCAGUAGUCUCCAAAUCUGUGCAGUUUCCAUUCUUCAAAAUAUCUGCUCUUGUGUUUUGCAGAAGAAAGAAAAGUCAUGCAGGUUUGGAGUGACAUGAGGGUAAAUGAUGACAGAAUUUACAUUUUUGGGUGAACUAUCCCUUCAAGAGUCCCUCUUAGUCAGUCAUGGGUCCUAAAGAUUAAGGCCCUACAUUUUUCCACUCUCUGUUGAGAACAUACAAUAAACAGCUGCAUGGUUGAAUCACAAUGGUACAAUGUUGUCAAUGUGUUUAUUCACAAGAUAACUGAUCAGCAGUAAUAUCUGUGGAAAACUUCAAUGCAGUUUCAGAGUCUCCGUUAUGUAUGUUUAUAUAACCAACAGUCAUCAUAGCCAAAAGAAUACACAUUCAAAUCAACAGUGUUUGACCAAAAAUGACAUGACAAAAAAUAAACGGACUUUAAAAUCUUA